AUGAAGUUCAUGAUCGAUGACCUGCCAAUUCUCUUUCCCUACCCCAGAAUCUAUCCAGGGACAUACGACACUUCACUGUUGAUUGCUGACACGUUCGAAAAGAUACAUGUGCGAUCUCAAACGCACUCUGGAUGCAGGAGGCCACUGUGUCUUGGAGAUGCCUUCGGGAACUGGAAAGACCGUAACUCUACUAUCGCUUAUCGUGGCAUAUCAGCAACACUACCCAGAACAUCGCAAACUGAUUUACUGCUCGCGUNNACAAUGUCUGAGAUUGAAAAGGCACUCGCCGAGUUGAAGGCUUUGAUGAAAUAUCGAUCAGAACAACUCGGCUAUGUUGAAGACUUUAGAGGACUAGGACUUACUUCGCGCAAGAACCUUUGUCUGCAUCCCUCAGUCAAGAGAGAAAAGAGCGGUGCAAUCGUUGAUGCCAGAUGUCGAUCGCUGACGGCAGGUUUCGUCAAGGAGAAGAAAGAGAGGGGCGAGGAUGUAGAGCUUUGCGUCUAUCACGAACCGCACAAUUUGAUACCUCCAGGUGUCUUCACCUUCGACGACGUGCUCAAAUACGGCGAGGAACAGAAGCAGUGCCCAUACUUUACAGUCCGACGAAUGGUGGGUUCAUUGUUACUAUUCAAGCUGCCAUCUCUAACCAGCUUUCCAGNNAUGCCUUUCUGCAAUGUUGUUAUCUACUCAUAUCACUAUCUACUAGAUCCAAAAAUCGCCGAGAGGGUGUCGAAAGAGCUCUCCAAGGACUGCAUUGUGGUAUUCGACGAAGCUCACAACAUCGACAACGUCUGCAUCGAAUCGCUGAGUAUCGACAUUACUGAGGACUCGUUACGGAAGGCAGGACGAGGUGCAGCCAAUCUGGAGAGAAAGAUUAGCGAGAUGAAGACGACAGAUGCAGCAAAAUUGCAAAACGAAUAUGCAAAGCUGGUGCAAGGUCUUCGAGACGCAGAUGAGGCGAACGAUGAUGGUGCAUUCAUGAGGAACCCAGCACUACCGGAUGAUCUGCUCAAAGAAGCUGUGCCAGGAAACAUCCGAAGGGCAGAACAUUUCGUCGCCUUUCUCAAACGUUUCGUCGAGUAUUUGAAGACCCGCAUGAAAGUCUUGCACGUCAUUUCAGAGACACCACCUUCCUUCCUGCAACAUCUCAAGGAGCUUACCUUUAUCGAGAGGAAGCCUCUGCGCUUCUGUGCAGAGCGGUUGACAUCUCUGGUAAGAACGUUGGAACUUCAAAACAUCGAGGACUACCAGCCGCUGCAAGAAGUCGCCAGUUUCGCAACUCUGGUCGCAACAUACGAAACAGGUUUCCUUCUGAUCCUCGAACCAUACGAAUCAGAAACCGCCACUGUGCCCAAUCCCAUCCUCCACUUCACCUGCCUGGACGCCGCAAUCGCCAUAAAGCCUGUCUUCGACCGGUUCAGUUCGGUAGUAAUCACCUCUGGCACAAUCUCUCCUUUGGAAAUCUACCCAAAGAUGCUCGGCUUCAACACGGUAGUCCAAGAAUCCUACAGCAUGACGCUGGCCCGUCGCUCGUUCUUGCCCAUGAUCGUAACCAGAGGAAGCGACCAAGGCGCCAUUUCAUCCUCCUUCACCAUCAGAAACGACCCCGGCGUCGUGCGCAACUACGGCAAUCUGCUCAUCGAAUUCUCCAAAAUCACGCCUGAUGGCAUCGUGGUAUUCUUCCCUUCGUACCUGUACAUGGAAAGCAUCAUCUCCAUGUGGCAAGGCAUGGGCAUCCUCGACCAAGUCUGGAAACACAAACUCAUCCUCGUCGAAACACCCGAUUCACAAGAAACCUCUUUGGCACUGGAGACCUAUCGCACUGCGUGCAGCAACGGUAGAGGCGCCAUCUUACUGUGCGUCGCACGUGGAAAGGUUUCCGAAGGUAUUGAUUUCGACCACCACUAUGGUCGCACUGUGCUCUGCAUCGGCGUCCCCUUCCAAUACACCGAAUCCCGCAUCUUGAAGGCGCGCCUCGAGUUCCUCCGCGAAACCUACCGUAUCCGCGAAAACGACUUUCUAUCCUUUGACGCCAUGAGACAUGCCGCUCAGUGUCUGGGUCGUGUGUUGCGUGGUAAAGACGACUACGGUAUCAUGGUGCUCGCCGACCGCCGCUUUGGCAAANAGCGCGUGCAGCUGCCCAAAUGGAUCAAUGCCGCUUUGCUCGAAGGCGACAGCAACUUGUCUGUCGACCAAGCCGUGGCAACCGCAAAGAGGUUUUUGAAGAUGAUGAGUAAGCCUUUUCCGGCAAAGAUGCAGGAAGGCGUCAGUACAUGGAGUAUCGAAGACCUGGAAAGACACAAGGAGAAGGCUGAAAAGGAGAGGCAGAGGGAUGAGAGAAAUGCUGGGGUUAGUGGUGAUGCUGUUAUGAGAGAGGCUCAUGCUGCAGAGGACGAGUAUGGAGGUUUGGACGACGACGAUAUCAUGCAAGUUGAUGCUUGA